AUGGCAUUAAAAAUUAUUAAAAAGGUAGCAGGGUGUGAUACGGGAUUCGGACAUCUGCUUGCACAAGAGCUAGACAAGAAAGGAAUUCGAGUAUUUGCUUCCUCUUUAACUGAGAAAGGAGAGAAAAAUCUUCUAGAGACGUGUUCCUCCAAGUCCGUUGUUUUCCGCCUCGAUGUGACAAAAGAGGAAUCCAUUCACAAUGCAAUUAAUCUUGUUAGGACUAACCUUGCUGGAAAUGAAGUACUGUGGGGUUUGGUCAUUAACGCAGGUGUUCUUUUACUGGCGGCACCGUUAGAAUGGCAAACCAAAGAACAAUACCAGAAAACCCUUCGACAGUCUAAAGGGCGGGUUGUCAACAUAUCUUCCAUUAAUGCCAUGUUAGCCAUUCCAAAACUGGGGCCAUACAACAUCAGUAAAGCAGCCGUAGAAUCGUUCACGGACACAUUAAUGUGA